AUGGACCAAAGCGAUGUGAGGCCAGUUGCGGAGCCUGAGAUGGAGGUUGAUGGAGGACAAACGGAAGGAGAACCCGAGCCGGAUGAGGAGAUGAUGCAGUCCGACGAAGAUGAAGAGGCAGCGAAUGAGUUAGCGCAUUUGCUGAACUAUAGUCGCAAGGGUUUCGAUCCCAGCACUUACCUCAACACGAACAGCAAUCAGCGGGUGGAGCUCAAGCAGAUGCAUUACGUGUGUGUGUGUGUGGGCGUUCUCAGCGACAUCAUUCCCAAGCUCACGGGGUACCAGCUCUUUUCGCUCAUUCGUCCCGCUCCUUCUGGUCCGGUCGGAUUCCUGUUCAUUGACCCUGUUGGGGUGAUGGCCAAUGUGAGUCUUGGAGACGUCAGCGUCACAACCAUCGGCAUGCUCAUCGACAGUGACACCCCUGUGCCAAGGAAAUACCUGGACAAGUUCAUCAAGAACCGUGCAUUUUCUGCGAACCGUCAACGGUACAUCGCCAACACUGCUGCUGACAAGGGCACGGGCAAGAACCGACGUCCCGCUGAAAGGGAGCAGGUGAGCAUCUAUACCGUGUUAUCGGCAUCUCACGCAGAUAACAACAUUCAAGUUAGGUUAAUCCACAGGCUCACAGAGGAGGACGUCAAGCACUUCAAAAUUUGCGCCCCUCCGACUAUUUGCAAGCAGGACGAUCAUCGAUCAUGGAUGCCCCCGUCACAGAUGAACAACGUGAACGUGUCAAUCGUCCAAAUCACAAUCGAGCUUCAUCACCCGGACGAGGAGACAGCCGUCGUCCUUGGAAUGCCAACACCCAUGUCGACAAGGGCAGAGGCACAGGCAAGUCCAAGACUCCUAAGGAACGUGAGCGUGAACGUCAACGUCUCCGGCGCUGGGAGGAAGACAAUCGGUCAUAUCGUCUCUUUCACUGCUGGCAAGUUCGUGGCACUGGUCAAGGAUCUCUUCGAUGCAGAAGCAAUUGAUGUUCAAGCUGUUGAAGGAGGUGAAAGCGUUGCGGAAGGCGGCGAACAUGAGCUUGGAGUUGAAGGACGUGUCAGGCUUAACAGCAUUCAAUGUGAAUUGUAUGGUGGUGCCUUCCGUGAAGCCGCAUCGGCAGAAUUAAGCAAGGUCAAGCAAACGCUUGCUGCGGCUUUCGAGGCCAUCGACGUCAACGAAGACGACAUGGUGUCAAGAGAGGCCUGCUGCAAAGUGCUCCGCUGGUGUGUCCAUGAAAGGUUUCCGCGUUCCCUGCAGGGUGCCACUGAGAGCAAAAGCUUUGCCCUCACGAAUCGUCAGGAAGAGCCACUGCUCUCCACUCGAGGGGACGAGGUGUUUGCCGCCGAAGCUCAAUUUGCUUUCGACGUCCUGCUCUGCUCCACGGGCGGCACCUGGAAGGUGGAACACGAUGUCGCGGGGCAGUCUGUGGAAGACCUUGUUGCUGCCGCUGGGCGCCCAGAUCGGCAUGUUGAUUGCAAAGGCCCAAGCGUCUUGGGCUUUGUCAAGAGCAGGCAAGCACGUCCCCGGCCAAAGCGAUGUCACAAGGCAGCUCGCCGAUGGUCAGUGCUGCUGGCACAGAGGCUUGUCAGCCUGCGGCGGCAUUUUCCACCCAGCCGUGGGAAUUUCUGGCGUCGGUCGGAACCUGGUAUACGCCACUGCGACAGACUCCCACUCCCACCGCAGAGGUUGUGGCUACAGCGCUGGGCUGCGAUUGGUGGAAGCGGCCCUCUGCGGUCACGUGGUUCACGCCGCUUGUGCUUCCGGAAGAGCCACUGCUUUCCACUCGAGGGGACGAGGUGGAACACGAUGUCGCGGGGCAGUUUGUGGAAGACCUUGUUGCUGCCGCAAGCACGUCCCCGGCCAAAGCGAUGUCACAAGGCGGCGGCCCGCUUGCUGGGGCGCUUGGACGCAGGCUUCUGGGGCGCACCCGCUGGAGCCGAAAGAUUGCUGGUCAAGCCAGCUGUGCGAGAUCGCCCGAAGAUGGGGCGCCCACCCCAACGACGCUCAGAGCAAGUAUUACUCCUAGGCCAAAUGGUUUGA